GAGACGCCACCAACACACCAGCUGGGAGAGGCUUCUCAAGAAGAUUCCGCCCGCUCAAAAAGUUUUAUGUAUUUUUGGUUGAGAAGCUAGGUGUCUGCCAUUUUUAAAUUCUUGUUUAUUUAAAGGGAAACCAGUGACUUGAAAAUGAGACUAAAUAUCGCCAUCUUCUUUGGGGCUCUCUUUGGUGCUUUGGGAGUUUUACUCUUUUUGGUGGCUUUUGGAUCGGAUUAUUGGCUUCUUGCGACUGAAGUGGGGAAGUGUUCAGGUGAACAGAAUAUAGAGAACGUCACCUUCCACCAUGAAGGCUUCUUCUGGAGAUGCUGGUUUAAUGGGAUUGUGGAAGGGAAUGAUUCCAAUAUCUGGAAGUUCUGGUACACCAACCAGCCACCAUCGAAGAACUGCACACACGCUUACCUGUCGCCAUAUCCCUUCCUGAGAGGCGAGCACAAUUCGACCUCCUACGACUCUGCAGUGAUUUACCGUGGUUUCUGGGCAGUCCUGAUGCUUCUCGGGGUAGUCGCUGUGGUGAUUGCAAGCUUUUUGAUCAUCUGUGCAGCUCCCUUUGCCAGCCAUUUCCUCUAUAAAGCCGGUGGAGGCUCGUAUAUUGCUGCAGGCAUCCUGUUUUCGCUGGUGGUGAUGCUAUAUGUCAUCUGGGUCCAGGCGGUGGCUGACAUGGAAAGCUACAAAAACAUGAAAAUGAAAGACUGUGUGGAUUUCACCCCUUCUGUUCUGUAUGGCUGGUCAUUUUUUCUGGCCCCAGCAGGGAUAUUUUUUUCUUUGCUAGCUGGGUUACUAUUUCUAGUUGUUGGACGGCAUAUUCAGAUACAUCACUAAUCCAACUGUUGCCACCGGUGUUUUCUUGGGAGAUUUUAAAUCAGAGCAUAUUUUUUUCAUUUUGUUUCAGUCAUCCCAGAGUAGAAUUACUUGAUGUAACUUUUUAGUUGCUAUUUGAAUUAACCAUUUUACUUGCCAUUUCCUCUAAUAAGAAGGUCCUAGAAUCUCUCCAGAGACCAACAAGCGUCCAUCUUCUCAAAGUGUUAUCAAGACUCUGGUUCUUUAGGGAGCAGGUAACGUGGGCCUCCCUUUCAUUGCACUUGUGUGAGUUCUUGCAGGUUGCAAAGUCCUGGUAAGAGCAUAAUACCAUCACCUGGGGCAAAUCAGGAUUUGAUUGAAAGCAUCCUUGGCAUUUGCUUCUGUUGCUCUUAAAAAAAAUCUUUGCACAAUAAUUAAGGACAGAAAACAAAUGUUUUCAGAGAAUUUACUCCAUUUCUUCUCUACUCAUGUACAUAUCCACGUCCACAUUCACUGACACCUGGCCUAAUUAUUCAUUAUUUAAAAAUAGAUAGAAGUUGUUCUUGUAGCAAGAGCCCUGCAAACUCAUUAGUUAAAAUGGGCCACAACAAAACUGACAACGUGAACUUAUUCCAGUUUACUGUAAAAUGUGUAAAAACCAAGCACCUUAGCUUAGUACAUAAUUCUAUUUGGUAUUUUAAAAUUCCCAUUUAAAAUUAUAUUGUUAAUAUGUUCAGCAUGUGAAAAUUUACUGAUGAAAUGUGCUUUUAAUAUGCACUAGCUAUAAACUUUCAAAAUACUUCCAUAUGAGGAUAAUCUCCUUGUUUUAUUAAAGACUAUGAAAUAAUGAACUUUUCCCAAGAUUUCAUGGGUUGUACUUUUUUGAUCAUUUGAUUCCCUUCAUUGUUUUCCUUCAAUUUCUUCUUCUUUACAAUAGGUAUAUUAACAUUUACAGACCUGCUAUUUCCUUUAACCUCUUGGAAGAAAACUUUUUGCAGGGGAGUUGAGCGAGGGGACUGAGGGGUCUAAUUCUUUAUUAUUUACUAGUGUAGACAUUUUGCAUAUCAAAGAUGUUUGUUUGGCACUAAUUUUGAUUGAAAUCAAAUCCAUCUGAGAAAUCUAGGUCGUAUUUGCAUUUUGGAAGCCUCCCCCCGAGCGGGAGUUUGGUGUUAGUGAAGGAACAGAGAACCCGCAUGGUAAGGGGCUUUGUUCCGGGGCGGCAUUUGCCUCCGCAGCUGUUGUGAAUACCAAAGACAGGACUCAGAGGUAAAUGAAGAGUGACCACCUAGAAGAUGCUGUGCGAUAGAGGGACUGUUUUGCUUUCCAUCCAGCUGUUCCUGUGGUGGAGAAAUUGCCCAAGUAUUCUCUACACAUCCCAUACUUUCCAUUAAACCUUGCUUCAAUGGGAGGAAUUUCUGGAGGAAGAGCAGAGGUACGAGCUAUCUACAGAAUCAUGAGGGCAGUUUAGUAUUUACUGACGGGACUUGCCUGUAAUUAAAAAAAAACCCCACAAAGCCUUAGGGGUUUAACUGGUUUCUCAAGCCAUUUCAAUUAUAUCACACAAGAUUUUGUGGUACUUUCCUUUGUGUUUGUCUUUUUCUGUUUCAUUUUUAUAUUGCUUCAUUUAUUUCUUUGCUUUUGGCUUGAUUAUUAGAAAAAUAAUUAUGAGCUCUGUUAUGCAUAUUGACUGUGAUAUUAAGUUAUGGCAUGCCGUUAAGCUUUUCCAGACGAUGCUAGAUGUAUUUGGUUAGUUCAUGUCAUCUGUAAAUACAAUUCCUUUUUGUAGAACUUUGGAAUAGAGCCUUUUUCUGGUGUAUUAUAUGUCAUUUAAAUUUCACAUAUGAGCUGCUUUCAGUAAAGGUUUGAAUAUUUAUAAAUUUCAGAUGGCUAU